GGCAAAGGAAAGCAUUUGCAUGCAUUUUAAAUACGUCGGUGCUACUGCAGUUAACAAAAACUGAUAGGCCAGGGGAAUCGAAAAUGCUAAAUGUUAUAUGGACCCUAAUUUGUGCUGGAAAUCACUAAAGAUUAUGGUAUAGUUUUACCUCGCGACAACUACCAAAUGUAUUUCAGCAUAGGUUUAUGCAUAUCGGGACCAUCAGGUUAUAGAAGAGAAUGGGUUAAGUUUACCAUGUUAUGUGAAUGCUUCAUGUAGUCCCCAGUGACAGAUAAAACCAAUUUCCAGGAUACAACUGACUUUAUUGUGACAUCAGAAAGGACCAACACAAUGUCAUCAGCCAUUGCUCAGCGAAAUACUCCGCAAUUAAAUACUCAACCAUGAGGAUAGAUCAUCCCUUUAGGAAUUAAUGUUUGUGAUGAGGGCGUCACUUUUUUUACACUUGCAAAGCUAGACCGUAUCCUAUAUGAACAGUGAGGACGGGAGGCAGCCUGUGAUAGUCAGAAUGGGGGACACAGCGGCGGGAACUGUAGCCUCGAGUGUGAGCCUGACUUAUGCCGCAGUGGGCGAGGCGGGGAACGGCAGCACGACUGGGUACACAAAUCUCAGCGGAUUUGACCUGAACUCCACAGCACCAGCCCCACUCGAACCCCCAUAUACCCUCAGUCUCGCCGCUACCAUCGGACUUGGGAUCGUCUUUGGAAUCAUAAUUCUCACCACUCUUAUUGGAAACAUUUUAGUGUGUUUAUCACCCCUUGUGUGUCACAGACUACGUACAGCGACCUAUACUUUUCUUGUUUCUCUCGCCAUAGCGGAUUUAUUGCUUGGAAUAACCGUACUACCCUUUAGUGCUUAUAAUACUUUGAAACCCAUGCAAUGGAUCUUUACGCCCAUCUAUUGUAACAUUUAUGUGUCCUGCGAUGUUAUGUUUUGUACGUCUUCCAUACUCCAUUUGCUUGUAAUAAGUUUAGACCCCCAGGUAGCCAUCACGCGCCCUUAUGCCUAUCAGCGCAAUAUGAACAGAAAGAAAGCAUAUGCAGCGUUGGCUGUUGUGUGGACCAUCUCAUUACUAAUUUCCUUUCUGCCAUUACAUCUGGGAUGGAACACCGAAGACGGUAAAGUCCAAAAUUAUGAGAACCCCAGAAUAUGUGGACUAGACAGCAACAGAUACUACGCCUUAUUUGAUGGCAUCGUCUUAUUUUUUAUUCCACUCAUUGUGAUGUCCCUGGUGUAUAUUCGCUUGGUCUACAUCGCCAAUAGACAGGCACGUGCAAUCCAAAAACUCAUGAUCAGCAGCAAAAACGAGACCAGCGAGGAGCGCGCCAACCGCAGACGAUCGGUCGAUGAACACCGCGCGCUCAAGAUUAUCGCGAUAGUGAUGGGGGCGUUUGUCGUCUGCUGGGUACCGUACUUUACACAGUUUACGUUCAGAGACGUGGGACAGUGGAAUAUUGAUCCAGUGCUAUUUGAAGUGCUUCUCUGGUUGGGCUACCUUAAUAGUCUCAUAAACCCUGUGGUCUAUGCCUGCAUGAAUCGGGAAUUCCGACGCGCUUUCAAGCGGCUCCUGUCAUGUAUGCGCUGGAACCCGCCCGACGAUACUAUGGACUCGCGAUACUACACCACGCAGUACUCAAGUCGUAGUGAUCGCAGAAGCGUGGGAUCGGGCUCCAAAAAUGGAGUUGUCCGAUAUAGUGCCUCGAAUCACCAGACGACAGGGAAUGGUUCUAAUAACUACACACUUCAGCUGCCCAUUAAAAAGAACGGGAUUUACAUGAAGCUAUUCAGGUCUUCCAGCCGGGACAGUGGUACACGACCCCAGCCCACAUGACAUAAGGAGACACGUGUGUAGUUUAGGUGGUAAUUAUUUAGUUUUUCAAUAAACUCGCUUACAAUUAUUAUGGCUGCUAGAGUUGGUAAUUCUUACGAAUUAAGCAUGGUAGAAAUCAAUCCUAUGGUGGUGUUUUACCAGAAGCAGCUUGUCCUAUUAUUUAAAGAGGGUAAACCCUGACGAACAAUGAUAUUUUGUUUGAUGCUGAUGUGUUGUAAUGCAAUGUAAUUUCCGGCCUGGUACGAUAAGGGGAUCAAAUCUGUCAUCGGAGGUAUGCACAUUUUUAUAAGUUAAUGGAAAGGCAAAUAUUCAUCAUGAUCAUGAUAUGAUUAUUGUUAAUUGUUACCAUUGCUGUAUAUUGGGAAACACCAACAAGUUGGGGGUCAAUUGCUCUUGAUAAUUUUGCCAUGACAAUUUGCAAUAUUCCUGAUAACAGCAGAAAUAAAAUAGAAUGUGUGUUAAAUUUGCGAAACAAGACAGCGAACUGGAGUUUAACUGCCACAAUUCUUUUGAGCGGGAAAGCGUGAGAUGACCGGGAAAUUUCCGGAACGGAAUUGAAGAUCAUUCAUUUCCUUUCAGUUUUACUAAUUGUGUAAUGUUAUAGAGCUCAUGUGUGCCUAUGAAGUGAUUAGCUGAAAAGGAUAUCAGUGGAACCAGUUGGCUUUUCUCCUUUUUUUCUUCCAUUGAUUUAGAAUUAAAUGAAUCUGAAUAAAUUUUUGCUAAAACUAUCUUAAUGUGAAAUUCGUAGCAUCUGUGUCGAAAUGCUAUAAUUUCAAAACAUGUUUCUUUAAAAAUUGGCACCCAUUUCGAAUGCCGAACGCGAGCUUCCCUUUUAGAUUUUGUCGACAUGGCGGUAAGAUCGUAUUAGAAAAUGCUUACCAUGCUUAUAGAGCGAAUUGUAUUCCUAACAUGCCUAAUGUAAUUGGAUAAUUUUGUACCGCAAAGUUCUGAUUGUGCUCCAAAACAUAUUUGUGUCGUUGAUAAGAAAAUAUAUUUGCCAUUACUGUAAAGGAAGUUGACAAAUAUUUAAAUAUGGUAUAUACAGCUUCACAUAAAUUGUGUUAACUAAGCUUCCAUUGAAAGAUAAAUACCUAAGCAUUCAUGUUAUAUGCACAAAAGAUCUUGUACAAAGGGUAUACUAUGAAAUUUCAUUUCAUUCUCACGUUUUCGGUUUAGCAAAAUAGCAAUUAUCAUUUAAACAUGUUUGAACAUGAUGUUUUUUCUUCUCGUCAUUUUCGCUUAAAAUACUGUGCUUUGAGAAACAAAUAAUAUAUAUGAAUUAUUUUAUUAUUUAAGAUGAAAGAUUAACAAGGUUUAUUUAAUGCGUUUCUCUGUGUCUCCUGUUGAGUAGGCCUAUGCUUUUGCUAUCCAUGGAAAAGAAUCAUUGUACUACUGUUGAAAUGAAGAAAAAACCCGGGUUUUUCUUGCCUAUCCCUACAAAUUUUGAGUGCAGUCAAGUACAACAUGCAUGCGUUCUGGAGGUUAUUUGUGAAAUAAGAUUUAAGUAGGAGUUUACCCACACAGCCCCGCCCCUCAAGUUCAGAUCUUAUAUUUACUGAUAUUGCGGUUAUAAUUCGUACUAUCUCCGUCAACUGUCGACCGUCCGUUUGCUUUCUUUAUUUUUGCUUUGCCAUCACCAAGUUUAAAUCAUUUUUAAUUUCAUUCUCAAAACAACUUAACUUGUACUCAGAAUUCUACCUCUAUUUCAAAUUGCUCAUUUUCAUAGUUAUCUAGUAGUGUUUUCAUAAACAUAAUGGAAGAAAUUGCACGUAUGCUUUCUUCUAAGAGCAAGAAGGAAACUAUUCAGACAUUGGAGAUAUUUGUCCGAAUCAUGUUUGUGACGAUCAAUUACUAUUUAACGUAGCACAGGUCAAGGUAGAAGUCGAUUUUUUUUCAUCGUAAGGACAUUUGUAACUUCCGUCAACCCUGUUUUCAACAUUUAUCGGUGAUUGAUUCUCUAUCUGACAAAUUCAAAGAGAGCAACAGUUGUGUUCUAC